GAUUAGCGUAUAUAACGACGAUAGACGACGAACGGGCGUUACUACGUCGUUUUGCGAUGUGUAUGAUCGUACUAAUAGUGUUGAAUUGCUUUACCUCAGCAUCCAAUUUGAAAUGGGCUGAAUCGUCGGUUUUUGGUAGACUCUUUGAGUGCAGGGCUUUAAAAGUUACUCUAUAAGAUGUGGUUUGGUCCAAAUUUACAAAGGUCUUAUAAGUAUAUGAUGUUUUCAAAGAUGCCAUCGCUGAGGAUAGAUCAAAGUGAUCUAAAGUGCAAGAAUGGUUGUGAUUACUUUGGAAAUCCACAAUGGCAAGGCUAUUGCUCAAAAUGUCAUCGAGAACAGUUGCAAAGACAAAGACGUGCAGAAAAGGCAUCAUCAACACUUCCCAAGCCCGAACAGAAGAAACCAGAAAGAAGUGUCAAGGUUACAUCACAUUCUUCUUUCUCAAAAUUUGAAGAAAAACGAUUGAGGCAAAGUGAGACUUUGAAGAAAGCUAAUCUUCUGAAAUUUAGUGUAUUCAAAAAGAGCAAUACAGAGGACCAUGACCAAGUGGCAGAAAAAAAGCCAGCUGAAUUUAAAAUACCAGGUAUAGUUAAUGAAGGCAUGAAACGUGAUUUUCGACUCCGGUUUCCAAAUCUAACACCUCACAUAGACCGGGACUCGAGGCUUUUUGCCCACUCAUUUAUCAUGGAUGUGAUAAAGCACUCCAAUAUUUUGACAGUUGAUGAGUUGUCUGAAAGGGUGCAGAGGCAAUAUCAGCGUUUUAUGAAGCAUAUGGAUACAUCUCCUCAUUUCAGCAAUGUGGAUUCUGAUACAAAGGAAUUGCUUAUAGACUUUGUUGAGAAGCAUUCCAUGAAAUAUUUACAUGAACUACCCUCAGUUGUUUUCUCACCAACGGGGACUGAUGACGAACGUCUAGAUCGAGUGAUGUCUGAGCGUAUACAACAACUAAGUUGGGUGUGUGAGACACAUUUGGAGUGCAAAUUGGAUAGAAACAGUGCAUCUUGCAGGCAACUGUUGUACAAGGCAAUUAGUGAACUGCUAGGUAUGGACGCGGCGUUGUCUCCUGGUGGGAAAGUGGCACGUGUACGUCGCGCUUGUAAACACGUGCUCGCUCUGUGCGGUGCGCCUGCUUCCGCAGACGAUCUAUUGCCCGCUUUAAUUUUCACUGUACUAAAGGCGAAUCCACCGCGCCUAGUUAGCAACAUCAACUUCGUAACUCGAUUCUGUAAUGCCCAACGACUUAUGACUGGGGAAGGAGGAUACUAUUUCACUAAUUUAUGCUGUGCCGUUCAAUUCAUAGAAAACUUAACAUCGGAGUCAUUGAAUAUGGAUAAGAAGGAGUUUGAUUGCUACAUGGCUAUGCCGGCUUCGAUUGGCGGCAGUGCUUGGGCCGCAGCGCUUUCUCUGUGUGGCGCGUCUCGUGAAGCCGAGGAACAGAUGCUGCAAGUUGAGAAGCUGAUAGCCCAUACCAAGGAUUUGAAAGACAAGGCCGAUCAACUGGCUAAUAAUGCGGAAACUUUUGAGAAAGAGAUUGCGAAGAAAGUUCAAGAUGUCCUCGCGAAAACUCCACUCGAGAUAAAACCGAGACGUGAAUUACCACGACUUGGUUCUUUGAAGGCCUCAAGCUCGCUUCUUGUAGAUAUAGACGCAGAAAAAAUAGAAAAAUCUUCGCAAGAAUCCACUCAAUUGGGAUCAGAAUCAAAAGAUACUGAGAACUUCGCGGUUGAAAUAGAGCUUCCUAAAAUUGAGUUGGAUAAUAUUAAAAAUCAGUCAACCAGCAGUUUUCAAGAAGAAAUUGAACGGAACAAACUUACUGAUACACCUAAAAUUCAAGAUGAGCCAAUCAUAACAUUUUCUCAGACGCCAGAAGAAAAAUCGCCGUCAAAGUCACCCAUAAAUCCAUGGGAAUUGAAACAAACGAACUCGCUAGAACUGUUGACGCCUUCACCGCUUGGUUUCACACCUUUUGAUUCAAGAUCCAUCGAUGAAUUGAUGACUCCUGAUGAUUUUGGGUCGGACCAAGUUCCUGGCUUGAGUAAUGUCAAUUAUGACAUAGAUUUGUCAGAUUUAAGUGGGGAUAAUAGUCUGGCAGAAGACACUCCAAGGGAACAAAAGGACCCAUUCAGUCCAGAGCCUAAAAGAUUUUAUCCCUUCGAACCAAGAAAUCCAUUUAGUCCCAUUUUGGAUAAAUUUGAUGAAUUUACAUUAAUCGACACCAAAACAGAUCAACCAUCUGAUGCCUUUGAAGUAGUCCAUAGAGCUUCAGCAAGUAGAGACCCGUUUAGUCAGGAAUUAAAUAACUCAUUCACUACCGAGAAGGAUGGUUCCCUUCUAGAUGACAGUAACUCACCAACAUCUACGUGUCUAUUGCCAUCACCAUUAUUACCACAGAGUAGUAACCUCAAUUAGAAUAUUCUACAGGCAAGUAUUUCUUCACAGGUAACACUAGAAAAUCAUAAUAACGGAUUUAAGUAACCUCUAUUUAAAAAGUAUUACUAAGUAAAUGGUUGUCUUUGUUAAUUGUACUGGCUUCAUUAGCUAUGUUAUGUGACAUUAUAUAUUUGUUGUGAUAAUGCUUUGUAUGUAGAAAACCCUUACAAUAUUCAUUAAAUUUUUAUUAUAUUAAGUCAAGGCAUUUGGCUUUACCAGUUGUAUGUUUAUAGUUUAUAUAGAAAACAUUCAGAGUUGAUUAUUAAAUAAAAGUUAUUAAUUGUAUGUAUUUACUUCUAAAACUCCCUUACAAUCAUUGAAAAUAUUCCUCUCAGUGUAGCAUGUUUUUAUCGCUAACUACUACAAUGUAUCUUACAAUAUAAAUAUUAUGGGUCAAAAACCACAUAAGAUGAUAAAACUAUUUAUAGAAGAAGAAAUUUAUUACUGUUAAAUGAUAUUAAAAAUCAAUUAAAGCCAGGAAAAGGAUUUAUGGUUUUUUGUCUUAGCUUGACUUGAAGAUGGUUAUGGCGUUCAUAGUAUUCAUUGUGUAUAUAUGAUAAAAAAAUGAUGUUUUAAUAUUUACCAACAUUUGCUUAUCACUUAUUCUUGUUUAUUGUGAUAAUUAACACAGUUUGUCCUUUUUUGUACUUGUGGAUAG